UGAACGUUUCUUCACAUUAGUGCGCACUCGAGUGCGCCACACACGCAGGGAGCGAGACACACACUGCAGAGCUCUCGAACACACUGCGAUCUUCACCGCGCGCGCAACCGGAUCAUUAAACAUUUAAAAAUUCGAAUGUAACAAGCAGCGGCGGGAUGCGUCAUUAUAUCCGUCUGUCGGCGCUUUGAUAAACACGCGUCACGCAGGAUGGAGAGGAAACUUUGCUGAACUUACAGCUGAUUUUUCAUUCGCUUUGCUUCAGAUAUGGAGAGCUGACAGCUGAACGUGUGCAGGCGGAAGUACAACGACAGACAGAGACAGGAGCCACUCGAUCUUCACAUCGGGCAACAAUUUCAGGCCAUACCAGCUGUCCUCAGAACAGUCAUGGCUGCUUACGGACAGACGCAGUACAGCCCGGCGUUACAGCCGACAGGCCCUUACACACCGUACACACAUCACACACAGGGCUACAGCAUGACGUCCUACAACAUUAAAACAGAAGACGGUUUGAGUCAUUCGCCAGGUCAGAGCAGUCUGCUGGGAUACACGUCGAACUUCGGCGGGACGCCACCCGGUCAGGCACUAUACAGCUACCCCACACACGGCGGCAGCAUUUCUUCUGGAAUUUUCCAGGGUGCAAACAGCAUCACAGGCUCAACGCCAUUCAGUCCUACACAGCAGGAUUUCUCAACAUAUUCUAGCUACAGCCAAAGUCAAUAUUCGCCAUACUACAACACACACUACAACAGCCCGUACAUCACCACCAGCAAUAUCACACCCUCCGCCAUCACCUCGGCGAUACCCUAUCAGCACACAGAUCAUCCUGCUGUAUCGACCAAUCACAGCCCAGAAUCCCACACAGCAGAGUACCACGCUCCCACGAGUCCUCCAACCCCAGGAAAGGAGCAGGAAGGCGCUCCGGCGAGACGCAGCUCGGAUGGGAAGCUGAGAGGCAGGAAGCGGGCCAAUGACCCCGUACCCCCUCUGGACUCUGACAUUGAGAGAGUGUUUAUUUGGGACCUGGAUGAGACCAUCAUCAUUUUCCACUCACUCCUCACGGGGACAUUUUCCACACGCUUCGGCAAGGACUCUGGCAAGGCUGUUUCUCUGGGCUUGUGGAUGGAGGAGAUGAUCUUCAACUUGGCUGACUCGCGUCUGUUUUUCAACGACCUGGAGGAAUGUGACCAAGUUCACAUCGAUGAUGUGGCCUCGGAUGACAAUGGGCAGGACCUGAGCACGUAUAACUUUGGCACAGAUGGCUUCCAGAGCCCAGCAGGUGGAGGCACGCUCUGCUUGGGCUCAGGUGUUCACGGCGGGGUCGACUGGAUGAGGAAACUCGCCUUCCGCUACCGGAGAGUGAAAGAGAUCUACAACACCUACAAGAACAAUGUAGGAGGUUUGUUGGGCAGUCCGAAGCGGGAAGAGUGGCUUCAGCUGAGGCGGGAAAUGGAGGUUUUGACGGAUCUGUGGCUGACACAGGCACUGAAGGCCCUCGCUCUCAUCAACUCCAGACCAAACUGUGUGAACGUGAUGGUCACCACCACGCAGCUGAUUCCAGCUCUCUCCAAAGUGCUUCUCUACGGUCUUGGAGGAGCGUUCCCCAUCGAGAACAUCUACAGCGCCACCAAAACAGGUAAAGAAAGCUGCUUUGAGCGCGUCACUCAGAGGUUCGGCCGGCGAGCCGUGUACGUGGUCGUAGGGGACGGUGUCGAGGAGGAGACGGUCGCCAAGAAGAAGAACAUGCCGUUCUGGAGAGUGACGUGCCGGGCGGAUCUGGAGGCGUUGAGUCAUGCACUUGAGCUGGAUUACCUCUAGAGGGCAGCAUCUGCUCAUCAGCGCUCCAGCCCGUCUGUCUCCCGCUGCGCCUCAGACGUGUGCGGUCGACAGGAAUCACAUGACCGAGCCAAGAACUGCAGGACCAAUCAGCAGGGAGCAGCAAUCUUACUGGAAAUGUUUGCUUCAAAUCAAUCCAAGAAAAACACUUUUGUCUCUUUCUUGCUCUCCACCUGAGAGGCUCAGUUCUUUCAUUCACUUUCCUUUUCUUUACAACAGCACUGCACUGAAAACCAAGACCCAGCAAAGAUUUAUUUUAAAACGUCUGUGUUUGGAAUUACAUAUUAUCAUACCACUCAAACCAGUUCUGCAGUAUAUAUACUGUAUAUACACUCGGAUGACACUGCAUCUGCUCAAAUGUGUAGUAUACAACAGAGAACAUUGAUUUGAUUGAAUAUUGCAAAAAUGAAUCAUUAAAUAAAUGUUAACUACAUUGAAAUGAAUUAAGAUACAUGCUAUUGUACUAAAACUGCAGAAAAACUAACCCCUCACUUUUUAUACGAGUACAAAGUAGUGCAAAUCCAAAAAAAAACCCUGAAGCGAUUUAAAAGUGAACUAACCAUGAAAUUAGUGAAAAUAUUAUAGCACAUUAUAAUGCUACUGUUACUAAAAGAAAUCACAUUAUUAACUUAUGAAUUUCAGUGUCCUGUGAGUUUCUAAUUUCUUUUCUUCCCGCACUAGAAACUGUCUCUGGAGCAUCAUGUGGUUUGUUACUGGAUGUAUAUUUGUUUAAUGUUUCUUGUACUUUGCUGACGUUGAUAUAUUACUGUAUGUGCCGCGCUGAUCCUGUGAUCCUCUGACCUGCAUGUGCUCUUCACACAACCUGUUCUGUUCGCUAUGAUUUGUAUAUAAGGUUUUAUUGUUGAUUAUUUCUGGGCUUAUUAUAAUAGAAUAAAGAUAAAUUAAUUCA